AUGACAUCAAUGCCUUGUGAAAGGGGUAACGAUCUCCAGGCUCUAGUUGCCAUCAUGGUGGAUCAGUAUUUGUGUCGCAACAAAUUCUACCAAACAAGGGUCACCUUUUGCAAUGAAGUCUUGCCACUCUUUUCCAAUCUGCCACCAAACGAGAAUUUGAUGAAUUUGGAGGAGAUAUUGAAUCAAUAUAUACUUAUGAAGAAACAAAAUAUAUGGUUGGAGGCAGAAAAGGUCAUGCUAAUGCAAGAGAAAAAUAGAAUCCAAAUGUUGUUGCAAGACAUUCAGAAAGGUAUGGACAAUUUCCAUGCAAGAUCACCCAUGUCUAAUGUCACAACUGUGGUCACAAAUCCUGCAAUUAUUCCUCUAGUGGAAAAUUCUAUCCAAAAUCCUCCAGUUGUGUCUUCUACUACAGUUUUUCCUGUGCAAAACACAAUGUCGUUGCCACCACCUAAAACCAUGUUCCAUACACACUUCUCAUCACCUAUGAUUAAAGUGUCUGACAUGAAGAGAAAAGAUACUCCGACAGUAGAUGGGUGUGCAAUUUCAAAGAAACCUCGUGGUAGACCACCUGGGAAGAAAAAGCAAGUCCAAUGUACAAACAUGUUGCUACCAUCUCCUAAUAACAUAGUAGAUUCUGGAUCCUCUUCUGCAUCGACUGAAUCCUUGGUCGUGAAAUCUGCACAAAGGGAAUUACAGAUUUCAUCUAAUUCAGUUUCGAGAACACAUCCCACAAUCCAUUCAUUUCAAAGGGAUACAUAUGUGUCCCUACCUCCUACUCAUAUUUCUCAUGAUGCAACAUGUAAUAAGGAGGUCGUCUCCCCUUCUUACAAUGUGAUCUCAACCAAGAGAGAUAUGGUUGAACCUGUGAAACAAAUGGUCUGUAAAGAAGGCAAUAGUAGUUUUUCUCCUAUUGUGGCAGAUAAUGAUGAAACACACAAGGAAAAUACAAGCAAGGAAAGUAACAAGGAUAUAGACAAGACAAGUACGAGGGUGUUAGAUACUAAUUCUUCUCAUAAACUUGAAAACUUGGACAACUCAUUUUCAAAGGAGAAUCCUACUUCUGAGUCUAAAAACUUGGACAACUCAUUUUCAAAGGAGAAUCCUACUUCUGAGUCUAACAAGGGAAUAGUAGAUUGGUCACAAAUUGAUUGUUCAAAUAUGGAAUGGGACAAUUGGUCAAAUUCAGAUUUUUUUAACUUGGAGUAG